AUACACAGGAACAGGCGUGGAUUGAGAGUGUCCCUAUCUUUUGCAGCCACUCUAGAGAGAGAAAAGGAGAGGAGAGAGAAGGAUAAAGUGGUAACAGAAGCUAUCCUCGUGUCCGAGUCUUUUGAAAGCUUUCUAGUCUGUCUAUCCUUCCACGGGAGAGCAUUGGACUGUUCGUCUCAAACGAGACAAAGGCAUCUACUACAAGCUUUGAAAGGCUACCACCAAUUCACAGCGUCCCCUUCCAAUUGAAGGACCAGUACUAUAUCCCGUCCAGGGACUGGCUAGAGGCAGUGAUCCAGUCCUGAGAGAAGAGAGACCGAGUCCAGCCCAGCAUCUGCCCCUACCUCACUUAGCCAAACAGUUCUGAUGUUAUGGGUCUACUGUCGGCAUAGAAACACAAGCCCACUAUCUUUGGACUGGUUAGAGAAAGAAAGAGUGCAUUUGUUUCAUUGUACAAGACCCCCUAAGCCCAGUGAAGGCCAUACAAGCCACUAAUAUCAACUGGAUGACAGACAAAAGUCACAAACUUGAGGACCACAGUCCUGCUGCUGUUAAAGUGUCCCGUGGUCACGCCCCCACUCACCAGCACUUACCUACACCUUAUUACAUAUCGGCAGAUGCAAACAUGUCCCGCCAUGCUCCGCCACACCCCCACGCCCCACCGCACAUUGGCCCGUAUUUCUCACCCUCGUACAUGCACCCGUUGACCAUUGCAAGUGGCACCGGCCGACCGGUUGCACCAGGGCUCUCUAAUGAUCUGGGGCCUCCCAUUUUCAUGCCAUCUCUUAAUCUAGGUACUCCCAAUAAACCCAACAAGUCACACAAAACCUCUCAGUCUUCUGUCGUUUCCUCGGGUCAUGUCACCCAGUCGCACGACUUGGUCACGUCCCCAGUUGCAAUGACGACCAAUGAGCUCUUCCCCAUGAUGUCCUAUCCAGUCAAACCUCCUCAUUCUGCUCACUCGAGCAACAAGGUACCCAGUGGGUCUCUGAACUCGACAAGAAAGGGAAAGCUUGAAGGCGUGACCAGCAAACAGAUGAUGGCUGUGAGACAGUCAGAUCGUAAUACUCCGAGUCCAGUCAACUCGUUAUUGACUGGCGGUAUGGGAAUGAACCCAACUGGUGGUAUGGGUCUGAGUCCGUCUCCUGCCGGUAUGAACAUUAAUCUCGUUAAACCGAAUCUCGUUAAUUCUGAAGUCGUGAGUAGUUAUCCUACUCCGCCCGUAUCCCAUUAUAUGCAUCAUUAUGGGAGCGUGGCUAUGAUGGGCGGAGCCAAACAAGACAUGAAAGGAAUGUAUGAGUCCUUGUCUAAGAGUGAUGGAGGUGUGACCGUUAUGACACUAGCAAGUGGUAUGGGUGGAGGUGCUACCCUUGUGUGUACCGAAGGAUUGUCUCCGCCUCUUUCUCAUGUGGCCACGCCCUCAACUGUGAGUAUGUCAUCUUCAACUACUCUAAUACCUAGCGAACAGCAAAGACAUGAGAGAUUACAGCCUAGCUCAUCAUCAUUCAACCAUUAUGAAUCUGAAACAGGAGGAGGAGCAAGAGGGAGCGGAGAGAGUAUACCAUGGCCCGAAGCAAUGAGUAAAACUAUCAUAAUCCCAGCUCCUAAUCUAACAGGGAAAGACAUUGCUAAUCUUACCUCUUCUGCCUCCUCCUCUCCCCUCUCCAUUGAGAAUAACAAGCAGUCUAAUGAUGGUCAAUGGCCGAGUACCCCGACCGACCCACCUCAACUGGAUGAACAGGGAGACGAAGGGAUACAGUCCCCGUCCGCCCACGCUAAUCAUUUUGCUGAUUCAAGUACAGCUCAUGUUGGGGGUGGGGUUUUUGGGAGUGGUCACGUGACGUCGGUUGGGGUUGCAGGGAGUUCCUCUUCUCCUAGACCCAGUAUAUUACGUAAGAGGCCGUUAGAAAGGUCGUCUGAUUCUCUUGUGUCCCCCUCUUCAUCAAACAAUAGUGGCCACACCUUCCUCCCUCGACUACCCAUAAAUUGUUCAGUCAAACCUAAUCUCUUGUGUUACGAACAUAACAACUUACAUGAUAAUCACAUGACCGGCUCGGACAUCUCGUCUCCACGUAAACGACCUCGGAAGCAACAACUUGAUUCCAUUAGUGAUGGUUCAGUCCCUAACAGCUCUCAAAGGAUCAGUUCAAUGAUCGCACACGAGAGACUCCCCGGGCCCCUCCCUCUGAAGAACAAGGACUGGAGUAGUCACAGCGAGAGAGGGACAGGAGGAGGAGGGGGAGAGGGUAAAUCCUCAGGAAAGGAGACAGAGAAGGUCUACAUGUCACAGCUUCGGAGGUCCCAAUACCCGAUUGGCUAUCUCUGCAAGAGAUCACACAGAUCUGGUUGCAAUCACUUUCAACGUCACUCUGACAUUAAACUACAUGAGGAGUUACCUGUCUCACUACACGAGAUGUGCAGCACUAAAGAAAUGUGGUUGAGAAGCAGUGGAUGGAAAUUACAACACGUGAAGUCUCAUCUUGAUGAAAUUGAGAGUGUGGAGAAAGGCGUGUUAGAGCUGAUGGUUGAGCUGGAAGAGUCUGGCAAGGAAGUGAUGGCAUCUUUACCAAACAAUAACGGAACCAUUACAGAGAGCAAUCGCAAGUUCCUUGAAAACCUGAUACUUGGCACUAAAGAGAGGACUAACAGGACACUACUCCAUAUUCAAGAGACAAGACAAAACUUGUUAAAAGUGCUAGAUUCAAAUGUAAAAGUUGUAGAGAUUAUGAAAAAAUUUGCUCCUGUUAUACCGGUAUCGCAUUCUAUAACGUCCACGUCUUUUCUCUCCUUAGAGGACUCACCCACUGACUAACUGUCUCCUUCACAUUAUUCACAAAUUCUCCUCUUCUUCUUCCUCUCCUCAUUUCUUCUAUCACCCAAAAAUUGCACGCAAAGACAGAACAACAGCAACCUUUUAUGGAAAAAUAAAACAAAAUAUUUACAUGUACAAUGAUCCCUCACUCUCUCUCUCUCUCUCUCUCCUUCUCUUCAUUUUUGAUGCCUUUGGUGGCUGACACAUGGUUGGUUAUUUUUCUCAAUAACAUUAUUAUUAUUAUUAUUAUUAAUAUUAUUAUAUAAUAUAAAUUGACACUACUUUGAACACUAAAAUUAUAACAUAUUGAAUAUUUU